CUCUUCUGGCAGUACGCGUACACGGAGCGAGAAGAAGUGAAAUUGCCGGGAUUCCUGGAGGAGUUAAGGGAGCAACUUGUCAACACAGGCAAACUAAUCAACCUCUUCCGGCUAUGUGUUCCCGAUCACCCGCUUAGUGUAUCAAAGAUACGGCCCCCGAAAUUACAACUGACGUUUAAUGACCAUAACAUAACACUGAACAUGAAGAAGUGGGAAUCUUAUCAAGAUGCUGUUGAGAGGGAAUUAAACACACAAGCUGUCGUGAGGGACAUGAAGAAACGAGAAGAGGAAGAUCGUAGAAUAGCGAAGCUUGCCGCCGCAAAGGACGAUGCUAGAAGAAGGAUAGGGAUGAUAAUGGCGGAAGCAGGAGCGCUGCGUGCCAGUGCUGUCUCCAACAAGAAACAAGAACUGCAGCGGUUACAAGAGCAGAUGUUAGACAGAGCAGAACAGAGAGCGGCUAUGUUGGAGGCUGAGAAGAAGGAGGAAACGGAGAGGAUUGAGAGGAAUCAAACUGAGCAAUACGAGUUGGUAGGAAAAAUGCGAGCCCAGCUAGAAGAAUACUACGGCUCACUAACCAGAGAGAAAGCUCGUGAAGAAAGACGUAGUCUCUGGAGGAUACAGAGGAUGAAAUUAAACAGACUUCGUCGAGCUCACCUCAUGUUGGAAGCCAGCCAUCUUAACACAGAACUGCGACAAAAACUGGAAGAAAACAGGCCGAGUGGAAGUCAGGUUAUUCAGUCGGAUGUUCAAGGACAAGGCACGCAGUCUGACCUUGGGACUGUUUCAAACCCUGAGACUUCACCAACACUUUCUCAGACUUCUGAUAAUACAGACUUUAUUAGUGAGACUGUGUUAAUUGAUGCUGGUUCUAAAACUAGAAAAACUUGGGAUCAACCUAUCAACAUCAAAUAUUAA